AUGGAUUCUCAGAAAGAGUCUAGCUCAAGCUUUUAUAAAACAACAUAUACAGAUCAAAGUGAUAGUGAAGCUGAUAAUACCAACGUAUCUUCAACGACCAAAUUAAUUAGCUCUAAAAAAAAAAGAAGUAGAAAUAAAUCAAGUUUCGUAUGGAAAUAUUUUAAAGUAAUUGGAGAUAAAGAUGUAUAUCAAAUAGAAAUUAGAAAAGACAAAAAAUGUGGACAAGAAUAUUUACAUGAUAAAUCAACAUCAAAUAUGAUCUCUCACCUACGAGUACAACAUAAUAUUGUUGAUAAUAAAAGACUUAAGUUGCCUUUACCUCAAUCAACAAAUAUUAAAUCGUAUCUUGACAAUGAAGAGCCUGGAGAAAUCGAUGAUGGAAAUAAUACAGAUUCGGAACAACCAUUAAUUGUAAAUACAGUUUCUAAAGUUCUUCAUUUAAUUAAAGAUUGUUCUACCAGAUGGAAUUCAGAAUAUCACUCUUGGAAAAGACUAUUAAAAUUAAAAGAUGUGAUUAUUUGGUUAGAAGCAAAUUUAAAAAUUUCACGAAAUUCAGAAGAUAAAAAAGAUGAAUUUAGUGCUGAGAAUUAUUCUACUUUAUCAGUCGUCUAUCCUAUUAUUGAAGUUCUAAAAUUUAAAUUUGCGAUAGAUCCGAAUUUACCAUUGAUUGAAGAUAGUAUUGAUAAAAAAAAUGAAUCAGAUAUAGACAGUGAUAAUGAAUAUGAAAAUAUUACUGACUUACAAGAAACUCUCAGUUGUUGCCCAAGUUAA